GUGGGGGUGGGGGUGCCGACAGCCAGAGAUGGAGCCCCUGGAGGCGUAGCUCGGCGCAAAACGUUCACGUCAAAACCUGGCUGGAAACUUCACAUCAGAUUGGCUUAUGAAGUGAAGAAAGUCUGCAGAAAUUUCCGCUGAAAUGAAGCGACUUCAGUUUGAUUUUUUUUCUUCAGUUCUGCUCAGUUGAAGUCGUACUUGUCACACAGGUCUAUCUCUGGCUGUGGUUUGGGGCUUUAAGCUAUCUCCUGAUGAUGCGGUUUCAGCUGUAAGAGCUGAUAGCGAGGGAGGGGGGGGGAAGGGGCCUCAGAGGAGGGAUUGAUCUCUUUGGAAUUUUCUCCAGCCACAGCAGUGCUCUCUACAAAUGGCCCUCCGGUGCCUCUGGGUGCUUUAGUCAGCAUUUAAUUAUGUUAGUUAACAGUUUGCAUCUGAUUUUCUAACCUGAUUGAUCGAUAGCUUUGGCUACGGCUGCGUGAUUAUGGUUAAUGUGAUAAUUGUUUUACCCAUUAAUCUGCACCACGAGGUCUCAGUCUUAUACAACAGUCAAUCAAAGCGUUGUAAUAAUAAGAUAUUAGCAGUGUAUUUUGGGAGAACGCAGAGAGCUGUGGGAAACAAUUAAAAAAAAAAAAAAAAACGGGGUCAUCUAGCAUAAAAACGCAAAACCUGUUUGGCAGCAUAUUUCUGCUGCUGCGAUGACAGAUAAAAUAACUUGCAAUAGCUGCUGUGAUAACUCCUGUCGUGUAGUGUUUUAGUUUCUGUGCCCUUUUAACACAGUGCUGAUGCAUCUGUAAAUUCAGAUUCAGACAACUUUAUUUUUCCCUAAGGGAAGUUCAGUUUUACAAAAUGACCACAGUCGAUGUUAAGCAGCCUGAUGGCAGGAGGAAUGACAGGAUGAGAGCAGCGCUUUGUUUUCCUCAGGUACUGAGGGCUUUAAGGUGAAUCCACUGAGAGAGGAUGUGAUCAGAUUGUCUGAUAAUUCCUUUUGCUUUCUGGGCGACGUGUUUCUUUCUCUCUGCCGGACGCCACCAAACCAACAAAUAACAGAAAAGACUUUCAAUAAAAGACUGAGCCGCCUGAUCUCCACCUGUGCUCUCGUUUUGUUGUUAGAACCAUUCUGGUAUCUAACAGCGCCCGUGCACGUAAAGGACGCUGAUGCGCCACAUCAGCAGUUUCAGAGAUAUCGAAACUUUUCUUUAAAAAAUCACUAUAUGCUCAAACACGCAGCCAUGGUGCGAGGCUACAUUUUCAGACGCUUCAUCUUCCCACAAGAAGGUGAAGUGUCAAAUCACAGCAGCAUCUCAGGUAUCAGUCAGUCUGGAUGUCCUGCCACGCCAAAAUGAAUUACAGCUCAGUUUCCCUCCAGCUUUCAGUUUCUGUUUUCUGAAAACGUUUCUGUAAACUGAUUAAGGUUUUUUUUUUCUCCUGUGAAGCUCCGGGGCCCCAGAGGCUCGGUCGGCCCCCUCUGCUAGAGAGCACUGCUUCUGCUGUGGGUGGAGCUUUUUCUGACUCUGCUGUCGAGUAGAUUUUACACUGUCCCCUCCUUUCACCCGAUGUGUGUGAUUUACUGCAUGCCGGAGUGUGUGUGUGUCUGUGUGUCUCAGUGCUGUUGGAAUGCAGGAAUGAACAGCCACCUGAAAAGUCUAUAUUGAUAAAGAGGGAAGGUGUCACCGGCCCCGUACACCACUGGCUCGUAUAGUUGGGGAACGUGGUUUCACAUCGUCAUUUCUCUGCGUUGUAUUGUUUGAUAGCGGCGGCCUCUUUUUCUGCACAGUGGAUUGUGGGUGACUUGGGGAAAUGAGAUCUUCAGUCCCAGCAGCUCUCCUGUCCCUGAUCCACUGUAGUGCCAGUGCUGUCGUUUCCUCUGAAUUAUGCAUGGGGCCUGCUUUUUUCUUUUUCUUUUUUCUUCUCCUCACUCCCUUCUUCAUUUGAAGUGUUCCCACAUUACAUAACACUUGUCUUUUUUUGAUUUUGUGGCUUCGGUCUGGUCAGUUUCGCCUCAGCUGUGAUGCUCUGUAACAGCAGUAAGUGUCACUGUCUUAGGAGGCGGUGUCCCCCCUCUUUCUCUCUCCCUCUCUCUCUCUUCUUUCUCUCUCUUUCUUGGUCUCUUUACCUCUCCCCUGAGCUCAUUGCGAUGCACACGUUCUGCAGUCGAAGUGACCUUCAGAAUACAUUUCAUCUCACGCUCCUGCUCCACGCCCUGUGAUGAAACCACCCUUUCUCCCCCCUGGCUUUUACUUUAUUUUAUUUAUUUAGACCCUCCUCUCCCGUAGAGACGCCCGUGGCAUAUUAACGAGGACGAAAGAGGGAGUGUCAAAAGUGUGUGUUUCGCCGAGGAGGGGUGCUGACGGUGUCGUAGGGUGCAUUUUAACGGCAAGAGAGGGAAACUGAGAGUGUGUUAGUGUGUCGGGAUGAGCGAGGACGCAGUGGCCGAGUGUAAGGAAAGGGGGAUAAAUGUUCGGCAUGAAUGUGUUGAUGUAUGUAUGUUAGAGAGAGAGGGAGGGAGGUAGAGAGAUAUUAACAGAGAGUCAGGCCUGUGAAUACUGCAGCCUCAGCUGGAUGCAGUGGAUCAGCUGCUCCCUCCAUCCCCAUCUCAUUUCUCUUCUGUCAGCCUCCCCCCCUUGUACUGUCCGCCCCUCCCCCCUAUUCUCCCUGCCUCUCCCUCCCUCUCUCCCUCUCUCUCUCUCUCCCUCUCUCUCUCUCUCCCUCUCUCCCUCUCCCUCUCUCCCUCCCUCUCUCCCUCUCUCUCUCUCUCCCUCUCUCCCUCUCUCUCUCUCUCUCUCUCUCUGUGCACCUCUAGCUUCGGUAGCAGUAGUCUUGAGCAUCCUUGCUGCUGCUGAUGCUGCUAUAAAUAUCCGCUGGUAGCCGUAGAGCGGCAGAGAGCAGCAGGCAGGCCAGAGGGAGGAGCAGGGGAGACCAGAGGACAGUGCAGGACAGGACAGGACAUCUGAGGCAGAGAGGAUAACAAGAUGACAGGCGGUCGAGCCCGAAAAAGAAGAAGGGGGGAGAAGAGAGGAGGGGAGCUGCUUAGUUAGCUCAAAGAGAAGAGGAAGAGUGUGUGUUUUUGUGUGUUUAUGUGCUCUGUGGGCUGGUUGUUGGCCUGUGCAGGACUCGGAAGUCAAAUGUGGGCCUAAACUUGGUGCGGACUGCUGCUGGAGCUGCGCUAGGUUGAGCUGAGUUAACAUCAGGACUCAGCAGUGGAAGACUGGAGCUGGACUUUUCCUUCCUGGUCUCUUAAAAAAGAAAAGAAAAAAAAAAAAACACAACAGGAUCUGCAUGCCCCGGGCCCUGAAUCAAACCUCACCCAGGCUGCUGCCCGGUUAGUUUCGUGCGGACAUGUGGGCCGGCGUGGGCCGGGGCGGGGCUGAGAUGUCAUGCUCCUGUGUUGCUGGUGGUGCCUGAGGCCCGAGGCGGUGGAGCUGGACAGCAGAAGGGUGGACCACCGUGUGCUGAACUGCGAGGCCACUGCUUCCACCGCCAUCACAGCUGUUUCCCUUGACCAGUGGGAGCCAGAAACGACCAACACUGGCUUGCAGCCACCCCAGAGUGUGAAGAAUUCGAGCUAUAGUUUGCCGUCCUACCACUCCUACAGUAACAGCUAUGACUACUCAGACCAGAGCAGGCAGAGUGAGCGCUCGGGCCUCUGUGGACUCUCCAACCUGGGCAACACCUGCUUCAUGAACUCUGCUGUGCAGUGUUUAAGCAAUAUCCCUCCCCUGACGGAGUACUUCCUCAAAGACAAGUACACGGACGAGCUGAACGAGGACAACCCGCUGGGCAUGAAGGGGGAGAUCGCCAGAGCCUACGCCGAGCUCAUCAAGCAGCUGUGGUCGGGCAAAUACAGCUAUGUCACCCCGAGGCCUUUCAAGACCCAGGUGGGCCGCUUUGCCCCACAGUUCUCGGGCUACCAGCAGCAGGACUCCCACGAGCUGCUGGCCUUUCUCCUGGACGGCCUUCACGAGGACUUGAACCGCAUCAGGAAGAAGCCGUACAUCCAGCUAAAGGACGCUAACGGCAGGCCUGAUAAGGUGGUGGCGGAAGAAGCCUGGGAGAACCACAUCAAGAGAAACGACUCCAUCAUCGUGGACAUCUUCCACGGCCUUUUCAAGUCCACCCUGGUGUGUCCUGAUUGCUCAAAGGUCUCUGUGACUUUUGAUCCUUUCUGCUACUUGACCCUGCCCCUUCCCAUGAAGAAGGAGCGGACACUGGAGGUCUAUCUCGUCAGACUGGACCCUCUCGCCAAACCCACACAGUACAAACUGACUGUGCCGAAGGUGGGCUACAUCUCUGACCUGUGUACCUCCCUCUCCAGCCUGUCUGGAGUUCCUGCUGAGAAGAUGAUUGUAACUGACAUCUACAACCACCGCUUCCACCGGAUCUUCGCCACCAACGAGAACCUCAGCAGCAUCAUGGAGAGAGAUGAUAUCUACGUAUUUGAGGUGGCGGUGAACAGGGUGGAGGACACGGACCACGUAGUGAUCCCCGUGCACCUGAGGGAGAAGUACAAACAGUCGGGCUACAACCACACCAGCACGCCGCUGUUCGGGCAGCCCUUCCUCAUCGCCGUACCCAGAACCCUCAGCGAAGACAAGCUCUACAACAUGCUGCUCCUGCGCCUCUGCCGGUUUGUGCGAUCUUCAGUAGAAGAGGAUGAGGAGGAUUGUGAAGAGACGCAGCCAUCCAAACAACACACUGUCAAUGGGAACGCCACUAAUGGACUCCUGGAGGAGGGGUCACCGAGCGAGAUGGAGACAGACGAGCAGGAUGACGAGUCGAGCCAGGAUCAGGAGCUGCCCUCCGAGAACGACAACAGCCAAUCGGAGGACUCGGUGGGCGGGGACAACGAGCUGGAGAACGGCGUGGUCGGCCCGCAGAACUCCACCACCAAAGGCCAGCAGACGGCCGAGCACAACAGAAAGAGACUUUUUACAUUCCAGUUCAAUAACAUGGGCAAAACGGACUUCUCGCUCAUCAAGGAGGACACCAGGCAGAUCCGCUUUGACGAGGGACACCUGCGACUCAGCGACCGCUCUUAUCUCUCCUUGGACUGGGAACCGGAGAUCAAGAAGAAGUAUUUUGAUGAGACCGUCGUCGAGGACUUUGACAAGCAUGAGAGCAUGGAGUACAAGCCUCAGAAGAAGGCUUUCUUCAAGCUGAAGGACUGCAUCGAGCUGUUCACCACGAAGGAAAAACUGGGAGCGGAAGAUCCGUGGUACUGUCCAAACUGCAAGCAGCACCAACAGGCCACUAAGAAGCUGGACCUAUGGUCUCUGCCGCCGGUGCUGGUGGUCCAUCUGAAACGCUUCUCUUACAGCCGCUACAUGAGGGAUAAACUGGAUUCCCUUGUUGACUUCCCACUCAGAGAUCUGGACAUGUCUGAGUUCCUGAUCAACCCCAACGCUGGGCCGUGUCGCUACGACCUCAUUGCUGUGUCCAACCACUACGGCGGGAUGGGAGGAGGCCACUAUACCGCUUACGCUAAGAACAAAGACGACGGGAAGUGGUACAACUUUGAUGACAGCAGCGUGUCUCCUGCCAACGAAGAUCAAAUAGUGUCCAAAGCCGGCUAUGUGCUGUUCUACCAACGCCAGGACACGGUGAAAGGCACCGGCUACUUCGCCCUCGACCGCGAGGAGGAAGAGGAUGAGGAGGAGGAAGAGGAGGGCGAAGAGGAGGAGGAAGAGAACGAGGGCGAGGAGAGACAGGAGAGAAAAACCACCGCCACUGCCGCCGCCUCCUGUGCUCAGGGUGCCUCGUCUGCUGCUGCCGCCGGCAGUAUCGCCUGCGGCGCCGCCGCUCAGAACGACGAGGAGGACCUGAACGAGAACCGGUGCAGGAAGAACGACAACGAGCAGGAAGACGAGGAGGAGGAGGAGGAAGACGAAGAGGAGGAGGAGGAAGAGGAGGAGGAGCAGGCACCCAAUCAAGACGUCACCAUGAAAACCAACUGAAGCUGACGCAGGGAGGACACGGAUCAAUGGAGAGAGAGAGACUGGGAUCUUUCCAUCCAAAGCCAUAUGGACACUCGGCAUGGCAGCGGGCGCCAUCGGUCCCACCCGGCGGCUUGGACUCAGCCGCUCGACUGUGGGCGAGGGGGGGUGUGACAGCUUUUAAGUCAGGGGUGCUGCCGCGGUACGCAACUGUAAGAAAUCAGGGCCCUCCUCUGUGGUUGAAUCACUGUGUGUGAGUGUGUGUCAAGUGUGUGUGUGUGUGUGUGUGUCGCCACGUCCGUUCGUUUAGGAUUCGCUCACCGAGCAACACCAGGGAUUGAUUUCGAGGCUUCGCUUGGAAUCUCCCUCUGCUUUUUGUGUUCCUUUUGUUGUUAUUUUUUUUUAUACAUAUAUAUUUUUGAGAGCGAGGAAUUGUCGGCAUAUCAUUUUAGUAUAAUUUUGUAAAUAUUUUAAACACUGAAUUAUAUUGGGUUUUCGUGAUGCGCUGAGACAUUUUUGAACUUGCACAAUCACCAACCACCCACCUUGUUUUUUUAUGUAUUAUUGCCAGACAUACUGCAAAUUGUUUGACAAUGACGUCGUCUCUCAGAGGGUUUUCUCACAGUUAAAAGCUUAGGAAGCUGCCUUUAAUACGCGAGACGCGUCUACAGUCUGGACUUAGCGUAGAGAAGCGACGCCCUGUAGUCGUGUGGUUUUAUACAGUGUCAAACAGCCAAACUGUCCUAGCUUUGUGCUGCUGCUGCUGCUGUGAUCUUGCAUUUUAAGACAGAUGAUUACUACACUGGUAUGAACUUAAACGAUUUAAGCUCCUGCUUUUGCUGUCUCUCUCUCUCUGGUCUCCUCUGUCGAUAUAUAUCAUAUCAUAUCUCUUAAAACUCUAAAUUAAAGCAGGGUAUGAUCCAGCGAACGCCGCAGAUCGACCAAACGUUCUGUGCUAGCUGUGGAAACGAAUCGGGAGGUGUUUCGGACGUUUCUGUCCUAACGAACUCGUCGUAGUGUGCAGGGAUUGCGACAGAUAUCUCCCUCUUUACGUUUAACUUCGUAGGCGGUGUUUAAAGCUUUAGCACGGCUCCGCCUACUUUUUUUCUCUCUUCGUAUCGGAGGCGCCGUGAGAUUAGGAAACAUCGGUGAUUUCGCUGACAUCAGAUGCGUCGUCUCGUCUCGUGUUUUGAAUCACCUCGGCCUUAAACUCUUGAUCUCAGACCGGUCGCCUUUUCUUUCCACGCCACUCGUCACGCCGUCUUUUUCUCUCGCUUGUCGCCCCACCACAUCGAACGCUCCGUAGUACGCAUUUUUGCUCGUUCUAUCGCGGCCACGUCAUCACGAACUGUUUUUUUCCUCCUUCAUUUAAGCCACAAGAGGGCCAGAAUGUAUGCUGAAUGGAACGAACACUGACCAGAUGUAUGUGGUUGAUGCCUUUUGAUUCUUUAUAGGGCCUGAUUUUUCCCUCCUUUUUCUUUUCAUGGCUCCCUUUCUUGGUUUGGUUGAAUGUGAUAUUAAUGGGUUUCCUCACCUUUGAUACUUGCUGUAUGAAUUCACGCGUCCCUUUCCAGAGGCGACAGGGAGGGUGGGUGGGGGGGAUGCUUCUUUGUGGUCCUGAGCUUUGAGGAUGGGUGAGGAAGUGGGGGCACAAACUGAAACCUGUGGGGUGAGUCGACCCUAAAAGGCCUUUCAGCUUUUGGGAUCAUGAUACAGUGAAAAUAUUUUCUGGCAGAUCGUUGCAGGAUAUUCCUCCAUCGACGUUAACUCAUGAUAGAACUCUAUUCUCCAUGGUGGAGCGUUAUGUUUUCUUUUUCUACCUGUUCUUUUCCAUUGUAAACAGCUGUUGUCGCCUCAGAAUAUCAGUUGUGUACCAUGCCUUCGCGCUUCGACUCCUGCGGGCUUCAUCACCGCGGCGUUGCCUUGCCUUUCGGGGGCGACUCACCCCAUCCUGACUGAGUGAGAUGUGAUUGCUACUAUAGGCUUAUACAAUACUGUACAUAAGAGUUCACUCUGUGAGUGCACAUUUGAUAAAGUUUAUUUAUUUAUAUGUAAGCAUUUAAUAAUAAACAGACAAUAUAUUUAAAACCUUGGCAAGACCUGACGUGUCGGGGGGAGGGGGGAGGGUGGGGGAGGACGUGGCUCCAGUCCACACAUAAACCAGUUUGCAAAAGUCUUGCCUGCGCUCUUGUCAGGGAGGGAAUAUUUUUUAAAAAAAGGAUGGAUGGAUUCUGUUGUUUGGGACUUUUUUGUAAAAAACAAAAACAAAAAACAUAAUAAUUAUCCAGACAUCCUUGCAUGAUGAGAUAAUGAGGGUUUCCAGGUUUGGCUGCACUUGAGUUCACUUGGGUUUACAUUUGAAAUGUGCAUGUGUAUUUAUACACAAUCUUCAAUAAAGUUGUGUAAAGCUU